AUGUUUCAGGGACCAGUAGCCGGCGCCCCGGCGAACGGCGACAACGAUGCUGUUACCCGCGAUCUUAGCGGUUUCGUUGUCGAGGCUGCCAUUGCAUGUAAGGGAUGUGCGCCUCCGUGCAUUUGUCCCGGUUCAAAGGGAGAAAAAGGUGUCCAAGGAUUCAUUGGCGAAAUCGGCCAUCCC